AUGCAUAUCAGUAUCAGGACUACGAGUGCAAAUACGUACAUGGUGUUUGGAUUCCGAAUUCCGAAUUCCAUAGUUUUCAUUCGCCAGUUCUGUCGGUUUGGCAUCAGCAUCGGAGGCGAUAGUCAUCCAGGCUUCGGCUGUUGCAGCGUGGGGCCUGACGAUCCGGCGAAUUCAUUCACGACGGCUGCUUGUUCACUUUUCCACUCCUCACCUCACGCGCCAAUGGAAACCGACGGACUCUAUAACCUACACGUGACGCCAGGGUCGGAUAUCGAGGAGAUUCUGCUGGAUGCUCCAAGUCCGACCGCCUUGGACUUGGAUGCAAUUACCUCCCUUCUACGCGACUACGCCCCGCUGCCGAGUAACUCGGAGCAGGAGGCUGCAAUAUAUGGCAACAACGCAGACUUCAUCAAAGCCGCUCCCUCGCGCAAGAGGGUAAGCUCGGAAUCGGACAGCUUCGACGAUGACGAUGGGGCGACACUGUUGAGAAUGCGGCCGCACAAGAAAAUAAAAACUUUUGCUGGCUCGCGCAAGGACGAGAUCGGCAUGUUGCGUGGGGAAGUGCGAGAGUUGCAGAAGGAGUUGCAGCGGCUUGUCGAAAAAUUGACUCGGAGUGAACUGGUGUCGGAGAUGGGGACGCUGUCGUCGCACUCGCAGUCACUGUGGCAGCGCGUGGCCCAUUCGCAACUUGAGCUGCGUCGCAAAUCUGAAGCAGAGAGCGAGGCUCUCCGGGAAAUGGUCGCGAUCCAGAUACUGGAGGCCAAGAACCUGCGGAGAAUCUUGAAGCGGCGAACUCGAAUCGAGCGUCAAAACUGCGCACAACCUCCAGCAACCCCCCCUCCCCGACAAUGCGCCUAUCAUCGACGAACUGUCGAAAGAUGCAGACGAAAAGCUGAUCAAAUUGACAAGUUCUUCACUGCCAAAGGCAUUGAGCAGCUUUCUCCCGAAGGUGACUCGCGCAACGUCAACAUGGACGCUGAGGGAGGCGUCUACUUCGAGAUAUUGCAGAGGCGAUACCUCCCUUUCGACAUCAAACACUCGGAAAAGGCCAUGUGGAAAGCUCUGCGUCGCUUUGGGAUGGACGCAAAGGCGGGUAUUCGCCCGUAUCACGUGAAGGAGGGUGAUGAAAUACUUCAAUUGAGUUUCUUUGCUGCGAUCUCAGGAGUUGCGGAUUUGGUCGGAGCUGACACGCAGAAGGUGGUGCGACAGUACAAGGGCGACGACCGAUUCGUAUUCAUUUUGAACAUGCAAUCCGAGUCGAUUAUUGAGAGCCACCGGUCUGGGGUGCGCGAUAAGGCUACGAUGCAAAUUGUUCUCGAGAAGACCCGUAUACUGGAUGAAGCCGAAGAAGAGAUGACUGAGAUGAAACUUUGCUUUACUGCAGACCGGAACACACCUCUCGCUUCAGACCCCUCCGGGCCGGUUGCUGUAGCUGCAUGGGACGAGUUGGUCCCGCAGCUUGCGAUUGAUGUUGAGAGUUCCUUGCUGGAUGGUACAGUAAUGCAUAUCAUUUCUUUAUACGAAUCUGUAAUAUCCCCAUGCCACAACUUCCACGCCUUCAGCAAGCACCAAACGUCAGCACCCACCUUACAAGCCGGUGCUCAGGAAGCAGCUAGGUUCUCCAGCCAGUUGGCAGAUCUUAGCACAGCAUCAUGCGCCAAGCCAAAUAUGUAG